AUGAACGCAGUGGUCCCUCUCACUCCGAGCAAGGCGAUGCCAGUGGAUGGCGUGGACGACGUCACACCAGCGUCGCUGCUCCCGCGUCUCCGCAAAAAAGGCUACAAGUUUUCCUCCUACGCCCGAGAGGACCAUGGGAACGCGCUGUACUGCGUCAUGUUCUGCGACGUCUUGCCCGUGUACGAGCGCAUGUUUGCAGUGGCUGGAGGCAACCGACUGACCGUGUACGAGUGUCUGGAGAACGGCGGACUCGAUGUGAUCCAAGUGUACUGCGACGGAGACCAGGAAGAGCAGUACUUCACGGCUGCGUGGACCGUGGACGUGAUCACGGGGUCGCCGCUGCUAGCUGCCGCAGGCUUCCGCGGCCACAUCAAAGUGAUUAACUGCAUCACCCAAUCGGUGGUCGUCGUGCUGUCUGGCCACGGCAACUCGGUGAACGAGCUCAAGUUCCACCCGGUCGACCCGAGUCUGCUGUUCUCGGCUGGCAAGGACGAGUCCAUUCGUCUGUGGAACUCGCUCACGGGGGUGUGCGUAGCCAUCUUUGCCGGUCACGUCGGCCACCGUGAUGACGUGUUGAGCGUGGACGUCCAUCUGAAGGGCUCGUGUUUCGUAUCGUCUGGCAUGGACAACACUGUCAAGAUUUGGGAUCUCGAGGACGAGGUCGUUCAGACAGCCAUCACGAAGUCGUACGAGGAGCCUCGUCCAGCGGAUCGUCCGUUCGACACCAAGUUCAUCCAGUUCCCAGCGUUCUGCACGAGCAAAGUGCACGCAGACUACGUGGAUUGCGUGCGAAUGGUGGGCGACUUGAUUCUGUCCAAGUCGACUGGGAACAAGGUGAUUUUCUGGAAGCCGAACCCGUCCCGAGGCAAAGACGCGGUCACGGUCUUGCGCGAGUACCACUACAAGGACGCGGACCUGUGGUUUAUGAAGUUCGGGCUCGACGCACAGCUGGAAGUGAUGGCGGUGGGCAACAAGAAGGGCGUAGUGAGCGUCUUUGACGUGGACGCUGAGCAGGAGCGCUCCGUGUGCAAGUUGACGCACAACAGCUGCAAGAGCACAGUGCGUCAAGUGUGUUUCAGCAAAAGCGGCCGCACGAUCAUCACGUGCUCAGACGACGCGACCGUGUGGCGCUGGGACCUCCCGUAA